GGUUGCCUAGCAGAAUUUUAUGUAUAAAUAUUCUUCUAUUCUGCUUCAAUUAUGUACUACAUACCUGGGUAAAUGUGUAUGUAUCUACUGGAAAGGAGUGUAUUAUCAGUAUUAUUGGAAGGAUUUUACAUGUUAUGUAUCUGAAUGUAGCAGGAUUGUCCUAGACUACUAAGAGCACUUUAAAGAGCAAAUAACAAAUAUACAAGGAUCAUUCAAUAUUUUUUCAGAUACAUAUAUACAUAUGUAUGUACAUACUUAUUAAAUAUAAAAAUUGAUCGCAAAGCAAUGAACAAUCAACCUCCCAACCUUCCUGGAAGGCGGUAUUCGUCAAAUGAAAUACAGCAUCGCGACGAAAGCGAAAUGAGUGAAACUAUAAUUGCUGAUAGCGCCUUCGGUCAAGAAGAACUUAUAGAAAUAGAGAUUUCUGAAGAAUUUAGAGAAAUGAAUUUAAACGGCCCGGGUGAUUCUGAAAUGUUAGAAAUUUGUUUGUCUGACCCUAAUCAAAUUGAAAGGAAAGAAAGCAAUAUAAAUUUUGAACCAAGAGAUCAGAUAAAACUAAUCGAUCAGCCAAAUGGAAGGCUAGAAACUCCUGCAACAACUUCGAGGACAUUUGAAGUUUACAACACACCACAAUACAUACCAACGCAAAGUCUUUCACCUGAAGAACUACAGCCCUCUACUUCAAGACACUGCCGCGAAACUUCAAGGUCUUCUGAAGUUUACAAACAACCACAAUCCAUAUCACAAUUAUUACCAAUACAAAAUCUCUCGCUUGAUGAACUACAGCCAUCUACUUCAAAACACUGCAGCACGAAUUCAAAGACUUGUGAAGAUUACAAACAACCACAAUCCACCUCACAAUACAUAUCAACCCAUAGUCUUUCGCCUGAAGAACUACAACCCUCUACUUCAAGACACUGCCGGGAAAUUUCAAUGUCUUCUGAAGUUUACAAACAACCACAAUACACACAAACAAGACUGAGCCUUUCACCUGAAGAACUACAACCAUCAACUUCGAAACACUGCAGACCAUUAAUAUCAAAAAACGCAAAGGAUCUGAAUAAGAUAGGUAAAAAAAUAAAGAAACCGAGAAGCCCGCAAAACAUAAUUACCAGAAUAGAACCAAUAAGAGAAAGAUAUACAACUAUGGGACCAAAUAGAACACUGAUUGAAACCAGUGUUUUCGACCAAAUACCUUGGGACAAUCCAUCAGCGGCCACACGGAGGCUUAUGUCUGCCCUCUUCAGUCGUGAGACCUUAGCCACUCACUCGUUGACCGCUAGACCCUCUCCAGUCUUUAAGAAUAAACGUAUUAGUAGUAUGUUAGAUCAAAGAAGAAUAGAAGAUAUAAUUUACAUUGUUUCGCGAAAAUGUGGAGUUACCGAAAAAGAAGUACGAAAUAUAAUUAGCACAAAGUGCGCUGAUGAAAAAAAAAUUAAAAAACUAAUUGAGAAUAAAAAUAAAGCGCAAGCAGACAAAAAUAGGGAGAACGAGGACACCUAAGAUGUAUAGAUGUAUGUUUGUUACAGCUGAAAAUAAUAAUAAUAAGUUUAUUUGUUCCGUCUAUGUAUUACGUUAAGUAUCUGAAAAUAUUGCGGCUGUGAAUUAGGCAAAUUUUAAAUGACACCGUUUUACAUUUAUUAUUAGAUUUAUUUUCAAUUUGUGUCAUAAGUAAUUAUUAACAUUGUGUAUUUGAUAUUGAAUAACAAUUGAUAUCUUGUAUUUAUUUACAUCAACAUUUAUUGCAUAUUAUAAAAACAUGACAAAAAAUAAAGUGCAGAAACACCUAUUAAAUUACUUUUUUCCUUUCUUUAAUUCAUACAGCCUUCUACUUACAAUGGUACUAACCAAAUUGUAAAUUAAUCAUUUUAAUACAUACAUACCAGUAUAUUUUUGCGAAAAAGAAAUAAAUAUAUAAUAUAUUGUAUAUCUACCCCCAUUCAUUAGUGGGUUGCAGUUAAUGAUAAAAAUUGACGCAUUGAUACGUUUAUGUAACGCU